GCCCAGCGUUCAUUCCAUCUCCAAGUGAGACUUGAGAGAAGUGAAGAAUGCUAGUUAUCGUCUUUUGCUCUGUCUCUCUCGUCCUCGUUCUUCUCUUGUUCAGAUUCGCUACCGGUCAUGGCGACUUCACUUUAAUGUCCAAAAAGCAUGUCAAGCGAGAGGAAAUUGAAGAUAAGGUCGUUUGGAUUACUGGUGCUAGCCGAGGAAUUGGGGAGGUUCUUGCAAAACAACUUGCUGGUUUAGGGGCCAAGCUCAUCAUUUCUGCUCGGGAUGAAGCUGGGUUGGAGAGAGUGAAGAAACAGCUCUCUGGUAAAUUUGCACCUAAUGACGUGAAAGUUUUACCUUUAGAUUUGGCAUCCGGGGAAAAUAAGUUGAAAGAGGCUGUAGAGAUAGCAGAAUCCCUUUUUCCCGGUGGUGUAGAUUAUUUGAUCCAUAAUGCUGCUUUUGAGCGUCCAAAAACAACAGCUUUGGAUGUAUCAGAGGAAAGUCUGAAGACAACGUUUGACGUUAAUGUUCUGGGGACCAUAUCUCUCACUCGGCUUCUUGCACCUUUUAUGUUACGUCGAGGACGAGGUCAUUUUGUUGUUAUGAGCAGUGCUGCUGGAAAGACACCUGCACCAGGACAGGCUGUAUAUUCUGCAUCGAAGCAUGCUCUGAACGGUUAUUUUCAUUCUUUACGAUCAGAGCUCUACCAUAAAGGAAUUAGAGUGACUGUUGUUUGUCCUGGACCGAUCGAAACAUCAAACAGCUCAAGUUCAGAAGCUAUGGGGAAGAAAGGUGUAUCUGAGAAACGGCUUUCAUCAGAAAGAUGUGCUGAGCUAACAAUUAUUGCUGCUAGCCAUAAUCUUAAAGAAGUUUGGAUAUCAUAUCAGCCCGUCCUCGCUGUUAUGUAUUUGGUCCAAUACAUGCCAACAAUCGGCUACUGGCUCAUGGAUAAGAUCGGCGGGAAUCGUGUUGAAGCGGCUGCUAAGAAGGGCAACACGUACUCGUUGAGUUUGUUAUUUGGGAAGAAAAAGUCAUCUUAAUGCAUGACUUUGACAUCUUUUGUUUGACUUCAAUAUCAUGUGGUGUGAAGAUUUGAACUUCUGACAUUUUGGUGGAUAAUAAGUUUGAACAUUUUGGUUGUUAAUAUGUAUUAACUAGUUCAACUAAAAGUUGACUGUGCGACUCGACCUUCCUGUACGUAGCAUGAUAGAUAAAAAUAUAUUUUUUGUGAGUAAA